AACCCACUUUGAAAUCUAGGAGUUGUAGAUACGACCUUGUCCCGUGGUGGAGCUAUGAGGGUAUCGGCGCCUUUCAUUGGUGAGAUCCUUGGCACCAAGCUGUAGUCGGGAGGGCGGGUCAGUAUUUUCCGGAUCAAGGGAGCUUGGACCGCCUGAACGCCUGUUUUGGUAGAGGAAACCGUGGAGUCUUCCCAAGAAGUCGCAAGCUGCUGCUAUGCACUCUACGAAAGUCAAUUUAAACAGUCUGCCCAUUCCAUCUCGAGCUCGGAGAAGAGCAAUCAUUACCUUGAACAUUCGGAAACUCAAUAGACAGCAAUAAUCGACUGCCGCAUAAUCGAUCGCGCGCUGCCCAUCACCUGAAAACGCCAAGGAGAUAUACAGGUGAAUCGACACCAAAACACCCUCAACCAUGGCAUCUACAAGCAGGCGAGAUGACUACGCCAAUCCUCCCUUGCCUGAAGACGACAUGAUCGACCCCGACGAUGCUGAUCUUGACGACUUUGACGACCCUCUCGGCAACACAUCGUCGCGGCAACCGCUGACAGGCAACAUCGGCUCGAGCUCCUCGUCGCGGCCGAUUAAUGAGAACGCCUGGACCUCCAGGAUACCUGGCGAAGACCGCGCUGCGCCUCAAAACACAAUCGACGAGUCGGUCUGGGACACCCUCCGCCGUGACCUGCUCGCUGUCUGGGCCAAGAUGAGGGAGGUUCUGUACCCCAAAUACCUACUUGGGGGAACUAUGUUCGAUGCUGAUGGCAUCCGGGGCGCAUACGCGAACAUUCGUGGGGCCGGACUGUCCGGCGCCCGCGAGGAGAUCACCGGUCUGGCCAGUCGCUUCAUGGAUUCGGAGGCGCUUCUGUCGCAGAACAACAUGACGCCGGGCCUACGUGACUGGGAUCUUUGGGGUCCCCUCAUAUUCUGUCUACUCCUCAGCCUUCUUCUGAGUUUCAACGCACGAGCCGACCAGAAGGACGUUGUAUUCAGUGGAGUCUUUGCCAUGAUCUGGAUCGGAGAGGCAGUUGUGACGCUGCAGAUCAAGCUGCUGGGAGGCAGCAUCUCCUUCGCCCAAAGCGUCUGCAUCAUCGGAUACACUUUGUUUCCCUUGGUAAUCGCGGCGCUCCUCUCGGCCUUUGGCAUUCCGACUGUCGCCCGUGUUCCUGUGUACCUGUUUCUUGUCGCAUGGUCUUUGGCCGCUGGCGUAAGCAUUUUGGGCGGCAGCGGCGUGGUGAAGAACCGAGUUGGCAUCGCGGUAUACCCUCUAUUCGUCUUUUACCUUGGUCUAGGCUGCCUCUGCUUCAUUAGCUAAGGUACCGGUAGGGAGGUAAAGGAUGAGAGCCUGGGAACUAGGGCCUCUAGGAAGGGAGUUAUGCUGCACGUUGUAUGUGACCGAACUAAAGAGCCAAAGCUUGUUCACUGUAUUUCAGAUAUCCAUGUUGUUGUGCCACUGGUUUCCCACCCACAGUUCUAUUUGAGUGAUGAUGGCAAGUCAUUGAAGGAGAGACUGAGUUUUCUUUUGGCUAUCUGGGCUUUGAAGGGGAGAGUUGCUCAAUGUUCUCGCGAAUGUUCCCCGGUGUGUCUAGGUUCUUAGAAACGAGGCAAGGAGUCUCGGCUAAGCGCCGGAGUGAGGCAAUGUGCAAGCAGCAUUGCUAGUUACGGCC